AUGGACAGCAAAAACAUUGAUCAGAAGCCAACAAACUUUGGAAUUCACCGUCCAAAAGAGACUUUACAGAAAAACACUUUAUCAGAGUUUUUGCCACAGUUGGAGAAUUAUCAGCCAACUAUUCCUGAUGCUGUGACUUGCUAUUACAUGAAUGGGUCUGGAUUAAACAGCAGCGAUCCAAGAAUCGUCAGAUUGAUCUCAAUUGCAGCUCAAAAGUUCAUUUCUGAUGUGGCAAAUGAUGCGUUACAAUACUGUAAGACUAAAAGCUCAGCAGCGCCAGUAGCAAAUAAGAAUCAAAAGGAUAAGGAUGGAAAAGUCAUAAAAGAUAAGAAGUAUGUCCUGACUGUUGACGAUUUGGCACCUGCGCUCAAUGAGAAUUACGGCAUUAAAGUAACACAGAUGAAAUAUCUCACAUAA